CUCAGCUCUAUAUUCAACCCAACCCGUACCAUGGCAGAUCGUGGUAACAGAGAACAAAGGCAUGAUCGGGACCGUCGAGACUCAAGGUCACAAUCACCUCGACGACAUCACUCUUCCUCCCAUCGACCUAGAUCCCCGCACCGACACCAUCACCGCAAACGCGAUGCUGUCCCUGCCAAAGACCUUCCAUUCAAUACUCGUCCGCUGACCAAGCGCGAUUUCAAGAACUUUAGGCCAAUGUUUGCUCUAUAUCUUGAUAUUCAGAAAGGCAAAAUCCUGGAAGAAAUGGACGAGGUCGAAACACAAGGAAGAUGGAAAAGCUUCAUUGGAAAAUGGUAAGCGCAACGGGCAUUCAGAAUCCCAUGAAAAACACCAAUUUCCGAAAACACCAGCUAACAUAUCUGAGGAAUCGUGGAGAGCUUGCAGAAGGAUGGUAUGAUCCAGAAACUCUUCAAAAAGCGACACAAAGUACACAAGCGGCUGAAGUCACGGAUGACAAUCACAGACCUGAACCAAGUACGACAGUGAGCAGGGAGAUGGAGGAGAGACACAGAAACCCACCGCCUGGGCACGACAGAAACACGAAAGACGACAGCGGAAGUGAUAGUGAUGACUCCAUUGGACCGGCACUACCAGGACAAGAAGGAAGAUCAAGAGGUAGGAUGGGACCUAGUAUUCCGAAUAUGCAAGACCUGGACAUCAAGAGAGGUAAGAAGCCUGGCCCUUGUUCAUUGUCGUCUUUCCAAACUAUACCUCGAAUAGUUUCCAAACAAGCGGAGUAGUUGUUUGAGAAGGACUAGAAGGAUUCAGCAUCGCAGUACGGAUUCUUCCAAACCUUCUCGAACAAUCUAUUUUUCGCUGAACAUCUGUACAAUUGUUGAAAUAUAUUCAACAUUCGUAGCUCACCUUCGAAAGGUCAUAAAGGGACUAAUAUCUUCUUUAGAAAUGGAUUCAGAAGAUGCUCAUGCAAGAAGAGAGGAUAUGAUAUUCGCACGGAAAAGCGAUCGAAAAGAACAAAAGGCCGCUCUGGACGAACUGGUACCUCGAGCAGAAGCUGGAACACGAGAACGUCAACUUGAGAAGGAGAAAGAGGUAAAUGAAAAAAUGAAAUCAUUUCGAGAAAAGUCACCCGGCGCCGCCGAAGUUCCAGAUUCUGAGCUGAUGGGUGGAGGUGAUGGAAUUGAGACAUUUAAGAAAACAAAACAAGAGUUUGAGCGCAAAAAGAAUGAGAGGGAGUUGAGAAGAGAAGAAAUACUAAGAGCAAGAAUGGCAGAAAGAGAAGAAAGAUUGCAAGAAUAUCGGACGAAGGAAGAGGGUACAAUGGAAAUGCUGAAAGCUUUGGCUAAACAGAGAUUUGGAUAAUGGAGAUGGAUAUUUUUCGACCUAGGUUAAUUGCGCAUGCGG